GUUAUUGUUUGUUGGUUAUCGUGUUUUGUUUUGUUCAUGAAUCAUUGGUAAUUCUAUUGGAUUUCCUUGUUGUGUGUGUCAUUAUUGAAAUUUGUUUGAUUCUUUUUGUUUUUAUUAGAUCAAUUCAUCUUAUCAACAAUAUUUUCGAAAACAAAAAUGUCAUCAUUUUUUGGCAGAUUUUUAACCAUUCUUGGACUAAAACGUCGUGAAGCUAAUGUUUUAGUUGUUGGUUUAGAUAAUUCGGGUAAAUCAACCAUAUUGAAUUAUUUGAAACGUAAAGAAGAUCAAGUGGAAGAAAUUGUACCAACCGUUGGUUAUACUGUUGAACGUUUAUCCGGUAUUGAACGUAAUCGUUCUGGUAUUACAUUAACAGCAUUCGAUAUGUCUGGCCAAGGUCGUUAUCGUAAUCUAUGGGAACAUUAUUAUGAUAGUGUUGAAGGUAUUAUUUUUGUUGUCGAUUCUACUGAUGCAUUACGUUUAGUUGUUGCACGUGAUGAAUUGGAAAUGUUACUCAAACAUCAGCAAGUUGUUUUUGAAUCGAACAAAAAUAAUGAUGAUCAUGAAUCAUCGAAAAAUCCAAAUGAAUCAAUAAAUAAUGGUAAUAAUAAUGAUAUUCGUCAAUCAUUAUCAAAACCGGAUAUACCGAUUUUAUUUUUUGCAAAUAAAAUGGAUCUUAAAGAAGCAUUAUCAACGGUAAAAAUUUGUCAAACAUUAGGUCUACAUCAAUUACCACAUAAACAAUGGCAUGUACAAUCAUCGAAUGCAUUGACCGGUGAUGGUGUACAGGAAGGUAUCGAUUGGUUAUUAGUACAAUUGGCAAACAAUAAAAAACUACAGAAUUCAAAUAAUCAAUCAUCGAAUCAACAACAACAAACAUUGAAAUAAAACGAUGGCUAGAUUGGU